AUGGAGCAGCUUCUCCUUAAGGCACAGCAAGUGGGUGUCAUGUUGUCCAAUGAGGCCUUGACGUCCCUGGCACAGCUUCCUCCAGAGCAUUCAGUGGAGCUGCUGGAAUUUGUCCUCGAUCGAGCGCAGGAUUUGCGCCAUGUCUCGAAUUACAUCGUCGGCACCGUUGCUCGUGGCUUCAAAUCGCAGAAAGGCACAAAACGAGGAGGCGAAUCGCAAGAGGCCGUGCAGAGAUACUGCAAGCACCUGCAGGAGAACGGCAUUCAGCUGGAUCCUUCGGCACACCAGGCCUUGGGUAACAUUCCUGCCAAUGAUGCUGCCAGGGUUCCCAGUCUCAGACAAACUUGGCAUGCAGACAAAGACUCCUUGUUGACUUUCCGCGGAUGGGAUUCGGUCAGGUCUGCCUACAUUUGCGGAAGUGCGGCGGAUCGGGUCUGGAACUCCUUGAUUGAUGCACCGCUCAGGGAGCCAAUGGAAGCGCGGAUUCCAAUUGGACACCUGAAAGCUUCUUGCCUUGAGAUGCUAUUUAUAGCCUGA